GUGACUGUGACAGAUGGCGGUUCCUCUCCGAAACAGUCGACCAUUUGGGUGGUGGUUCAGGUUCUGGAUGAAAAUGACAACAAGCCCCAGUUCCCAGAGAAGGUCUACCAGAUCAAGUUGCCAGAACGUGACAGGAAGAAGAGGGGAGAACCCAUUUACAGGGCUUUUGCGUUUGAUAGAGAUGAGGGCCCCAAUGCAGAAAUCUCCUACAGUAUCGUGGAUGGGAAUGAUGAUGGAAAAUUCUUUAUUGACCCUAAAACCGGCAUGGUUUCUUCCAGAAAGCAGUUUACAGCAGGGAGUUAUGACAUCCUCACGAUAAAGGCAAUAGACAAUGGACGUCCACAGAAAUCCUCCACGGCCCGCCUCCACAUUGAAUGGAUUAAGAAACCACCCCCUUCACCUAUUCCAUUGACCUUCGAUGAGCCCUUUUAUAACUUCACAGUCAUGGAAAGCGAUAGAGUAACUGAGAUUGUGGGGGUGGUGUCUGUGCAGCCAGCUAACACUCCUCUGUGGUUUGACAUAGUUGGGGGCAAUUUUGACAGCUCUUUUGAUGCAGAGAAGGGUGUUGGGACAAUUGUCAUCGCAAAACCUUUGGAUGCAGAGCAGAGGUCCAUCUAUAAUCUGAGUGUGGAAGUCACCGAUGGGACAAAUGUUGCUGUCACUCAGGUAUUUAUCAAAGUGCUGGACAAUAAUGAUAAUGGCCCAGAAUUCUCCCAGCCGAAUUACGAUGUGACAAUAUCCGAGGAUGUGCUUCCAGAUACAGAGAUAUUGCAGAUUGAAGCCACAGAUAGAGAUGAGAAGCACAAACUGAGCUACACUGUCCACAGCAGCAUUGACUCCAUCAGCAUGAGAAAAUUCCGGAUUGACCCCAGCACCGGUGUGCUCUAUACUGCUGAGAGACUGGACCAUGAGGCCCAGGACAAGCACAUUCUCAACAUAAUGGUCAGAGAUCAGGAGUUUCCUUAUCGGAGAAACUUGGCCCGAGUCGUUGUGAAUGUGGAGGAUGCUAAUGAUCACAGUCCUUAUUUUACCAACCCACUGUAUGAAGCAUCUGUGUUCGAAUCGGCUGCUCUGGGAUCAGCUGUUCUGCAAGUGACGGCUCUGGACAAAGACAAAGGGGAAAAUGCAGAACUCUUAUAUACCAUAGAAGCAGGGAACACUGGGAACACAUUUAAGAUCGAACCAGUCCUGGGCAUCAUCACUGUUUCCAAAGAACCAGACAUGACGACAAUGAGUCAGUUUGUCCUGUCGGUCAAAGUCACAGAUCAGGGUUCUCCGCAGAUGUCUGCCACUGCGAUUGUGCGCAUUUCUGUCACACUGUCUGAUAAUUCUCACCCCAAAUUCACUCACAAAGAUUACCAAGCUGAAGUAAAUGAAAAUGUUGAUAUUGGAACAUCAGUCAUUCUAAUCUCUGCCACCAGUCAAUCUACUCUCAUUUAUGAAGUCAAGGAUGGAAACAUUGAUGGAAUUUUUACUAUUAAUCCAUAUUCUGGAGUCAUCACCACUCGGAAGGCACUGGAUUAUGAGCGCACUUCCUCUUAUCAGCUCAUCAUUCAGGCCACUAACAUGGCAGGAAUGGCCUCCAAUGCCACGGUCAAUAUUCAGAUUGUUGAUGAAAAUGAUAAUGCCCCAGUUUUUCUCUUUUCUCAAUAUUCGGGCAGCCUAAGUGAGGCUGCUCCAGUCAAUAGUAUUGUCAGGAGCUUGGAUAACAGUCCACUGGUGAUUCGAGCCACCGAUGCUGACAGCAACCGGAAUGCUCUGCUCGUGUAUCAGAUUGUGGAGUCCACAGCCAAGAAGUUCUUCACCGUGGACUCCAGUACAGGUGCAAUCAGAACAAUUGCUAACCUGGACCAUGAAACCAUCGCCCAUUUCCAUUUCCAUGUGCAUGUAAGAGACAGUGGUAGCCCCCAGCUGACUGCAGAGAGUCCCGUCGAAGUCAACAUUGAGGUGACAGAUGUGAAUGAUAACCCACCUGUUUUCACUCAGGCUGUGUUUGAGACUGUCUUACUUCUCCCUACCUACAUUGGAGUGGAGGUUCUAAAAGUUAGUGCCAUGGAUCCUGAUUCCGAGGUGCCCCCUGAACUGACAUAUAGCAUAAUGGAAGGCAGCUUGGAUCAUUUUUUAAUUGACUCAAAUAGUGGAAUACUCACCAUAAAAAACAACAGCCUCUCCAAAGAUCACUACAUGCUGAUAGUGAAAGUGUCUGAUGGAAAGUUCUACAGUACAUCCAUGGUCACCAUCAUGGUUAAAGAAGCCAUGGAUAGUGGCCUCCACUUUACACAAAGCUUUUACUCCACCUCAAUCUCAGAGAAUAACACUAACAUAACCAAAGUUGCUAUUGUCAAUGCAGUUGGAAACCGCCUUAACGAGCCCUUGAAAUAUAGCAUCUUAAACCCAGGAAAUAAGUUCAAGAUAAAAUCUACCUCAGGUGUCAUUCAAACCACCGGAGUCCCCUUUGACCGUGAAGAACAGGAACUGUAUGAGUUGGUGGUGGAAGCCAGCCGUGAGCUGGACCAUUUGCGUGUGGCGAGGGUAGUGGUCAGAGUUAACAUUGAAGACAUAAAUGACAACUCUCCAGUCUUUGUGGGCCUCCCUUACUAUGCUGCUGUGCAAGUUGAUGCUGAGCCCGGGACUCUGAUAUACAGGGUGACAGCCAUUGACAAAGAUAAAGGUGCGAAUGGAGAAGUGACCUAUGUCCUACAGGAUGACUAUGGCCACUUUGAAAUUAACCCCAAUUCAGGGAAUGUCAUUUUAAAAGAAGCAUUUAACUCUGACUUGUCCAACAUUGAAUAUGGAGUCACUGUUCUAGCCAAAGAUGGUGGAAAACCCUCUUUGUCCACAUCAGUGGAACUUCCCAUCACUAUUGUCAACAAAGCAAUGCCUGUGUUUGAUAAGCCCUUUUAUACAGCAUCUAUCAAUGAAGACGUUGGAAUGGACACCCCCAUUCUAAGCAUCAAUGCCACCAGUCCAGAAGGCCAAGGAAUCAUAUAUAUCAUUAUUGAUGGGGAUCCUUUCAAACAGUUUAACAUUGACUUUGACACUGGGGUUCUGAAAGUUGUUAGCCCUUUGGAUUAUGAAGUUACAUCUGCUUACAAGUUGACAGUAAGAGCCAGCGAUGCCCUUACUGGUGCUAGGGCUGAAGUCACUGUUGACUUGCUAGUUAAUGAUGUAAAUGACAACCCCCCUAUUUUUAAUCAGCCCACAUACAAUACAACUUUAUCAGAAGCAUCUCUCAUUGGGACGCCUGUUUUGCAAGUUGUCUCUACUGAUGCCGACUCAGAAAACAAUAAGAUGGUACACUAUCAGAUCGUCCAGGAUACCUACAAUAGCACAGAUUAUUUUCACAUAGACAGCACAAGUGGCUUAAUCCUGACAGCACGGAUGCUGGACCAUGAGUUAGUACAACACUGCACUUUGAAAGUCAGAGCAACAGAUAAUGGCUUCCCAUCCCUGAGCAGUGAGGUUCUGGUUCAUAUCCACAUCUCUGACAUAAAUGAUAACCCUCCGGUUUUUAAUCAGCUCAUUUAUGAGUCAUAUGUGAGUGAAUUAGCCCCCCGGGGCCAUUUUGUAACCUGUGUGCAAGCCUCUGACGCAGACAGCUCUGAUUUUGACAGGUUGGAAUAUAGCAUUUUAUCUGGUAAUGAUCGGACAAGCUUUCUGAUGGACGGCAAGAGUGGAGUCAUCACACUGUCCAACCACCGGAAGCAGCGGAUGGAGCCCCUGUACAGUCUCAAUGUGUCUGUCUCUGAUGGGUUGUUCACCAGUACUGCACAGGUGCAUAUCAGGGUACUUGGAGCUAACUUGUACAGCCCUGCCUUUUCACAGAGCACAUAUGUAGCUGAGGUGAGAGAGAAUGCACCUGCUGGGACAAAGGUAAUUCACAUUCGAGCCACAGACGGGGAUCCAGGGACGUAUGGGCAGAUCAGCUAUGCCAUCAUCAAUGACUUUGCCAAGGAUCGGUUCCUCAUAGACAGCAAUGGACAGGUCAUCACAACAGAAAGGCUAGACAGGGAAAACCCUCUGGAAGGAGAUGUUAGUAUUUUUUUGAGGGCCCUUGAUGGUGGAGGGAGAACAACUUUCUGCACCGUGAGGGUGAUUGUUGUGGAUGAAAAUGACAAUUCUCCCCAGUUCAUGACAGUGGAAUAUAGAGCCAGCGUCAGGGCAGACGUUGGAAGGGGCCACUUGGUUACUCAGGUUCAAGCCAUGGAUCCAGAUGAUGGAGCAAAUUCAAGGAUUACUUAUUCCCUCUAUAGUGAGGCCUCAGUCUCAGUGGCUGACCUCCUGGAAAUCGAUCCUGACAAUGGCUGGAUGGUCACAAAGGGCAAUUUUAAUCAGCUGAAAAAUACAGUGCUGUCAUUCUUCGUUAAAGCAGUAGACGGGGGCAUUCCAGUAAAGCACUCCCUCAUUCCUGUCUAUAUCCAUGUCUUGCCCCCUGAAACCUUCUUGCCUUCAUUCGCCCAGUCUCAGUAUUCCUUUACCAUUGCAGAAGAUACAGCCAUUGGAAGCACAGUGGAUACCCUGAGGAUUUUGCCUAGUCAAAAUGUCCGGUUCAGCACAGUUAAUGGGGAGUGGCCAGAAAAUAACAAAGGGGGCAUCUUCAUCAUAGAACAGGAAACAGGCACUAUCAAGCUUGACAAGCGCCUUGACCGUGAAAUCAGCCCAGCUUUCCACUUUAAAGUAGCAGCCACUAUACCCCUGGACAAGGUAGACAUUGUGUUUACUGUGGAUGUUGAUAUCAAGGUAUUGGAUUUGAACGACAACAAGCCAGUCUUUGAAACUUCAAGCUAUGAGACCAUCAUAAUGGAAGGGAUGCCUGUCGGCACCAAACUCAUGCAGGUGAGAGCUAUUGACGUGGAUUGGGGAGCCAAUGGGCAGGUCACUUACUCCCUCCACUCAGAUUCCCAGCCCGAAAAGGUAAUGGAAGCAUUCAAUAUUGACAGCAACACAGGCUGGAUCAGUACGUUGAAGGACCUGGAUCAUGAGACAGACCCCACAUUCACCUUUUCUGUGGUAGCCUCUGACCUUGGAGAGGCAUUCUCUCUUUCUUCCACGGCUCUGGUCUCUGUCAGGGUGAUGGAUAUAAAUGACAAUGCACCCGUCUUUGCCCACGAGGUGUACCGAGGGAAUGUGAAGGAGAGCGACCCACCAGGGGAGGUGGUAGCCGUCCUCAGCACCUGGGACAGAGACACUUCGGACACUAAUCGCCAAGUGAGCUACCAUAUUACAG